AUGUUGGCUCAUUAUUUGUUCAAUUCGAGAUGUAUAAACGACAAAAAAGAAGUCAAACACAAGAAAAGGACGACAUUGAGAACAGUUCUGGAAAUCAAGAAGACGGCAGGCCCAUCCCCUGGCAGUGGAAACUUUCAUUUCAGAAAGCGAGGAAGUUCGAAACGCGCCAUGUCUGGACCUGCUCAUAAGAAAACGUCAUCAACUUCGAUGGAAUUGAGCGACACUGUAGAUGAGGAAUACGAUCACUUCGAUGAGAGCAACGAAUAA